AUGGCUCCGUGGAGCCGCCCGCAGCAACCAGCAGUGGCCAGCCUUGCAGCAGUGUGUUCUAGGUCAGUGGCUUCUAAGACUCCAGUUGGAUUCACUGGAGUAGGCAACAUGGGGAAUCCAAUGGCAAAAAAUCUCAUGAAACAUGGCUAUCCACUCAUUAUUUAUGAUGUGUUCCCUGAUGCAUGCAAAGAGUUUCUAGAUGCACGCGAACAGGUAGUGUCUUCCCCAGCAGAUGUAGCUGAAAAAGCUGACAGAAUUAUCACAGUGUUGCCCACCAGCAUCGAUGAGAUAGAAGCUUAUUCUGGAGCAAAUGGAAUUCUAAAGAAAGUGAAGAAAGGCUCACUGUUAAUAGAUUCCAGCACUAUUGAUCCUAUGGUUUUGAAAGAAUUGGCCAAAGAAGUUGAGGAAAUGGGAGCAGUUUUCAUGGAUGCCCCUGUUUCUGGUGGUGUGGGAGCUGCUUGGUCUGCGAACCUCACAUUUAUGGUGGGAGGAGUCGCAGAAGAAUCUGCUGCUGCUGCCCAACAGCUGCUGGGAUGCGUGGGCGGCUCCAAUGUGGCGUGCUGUGGAGCUGCUUGGAGUGGGCAGGCUGCAAAGAUCUGCAACAACUUCCUGUUAGCUAUUAGUAAGACCGGAACUGCUGAAGCUAUGAAUCUGGGAAUCAGGUUGGGGUCUGGCCCCAAACUCUUGGCUAAAAUCCUAAAUAUGAGCUCAGGACGAUGCCGGUCAAGUGUCACUUAUAAUCCUGUACCUGGGGUGAUGGAUGGAGUUCCCUCGGCUGAUAACUAUCAGGGUGGAUUUGGAACAACACUCAUGGCUAAGGAUCUGGGAUUAACACAAGACUCUGCUACCAGCACGAACAGCUCAAUCCUUCUGGGCACUCAGGCCCAUCAGAUCUACAGGAUGAUAUGUGUGAAGGGCUCCUCCAAAAAAGACUUCUCAUCCGUGUUCCAGUUUCUACGAGAGGAGGAGACAUUCUGA